AAUUAAUUGCGGAUAUAGAUAAAACGGAGAGGAGCGUCUGUCCAUAGGAGCUGACGAACAGGUAUUCCGCUUAUUUUAAGUUUUCCUCGAGUGAGUGGAAAAAGCCUAUGAACUCACUGUUUUAAAUUUAGUAACAGCAGGAUAUCUUCUGCAAUGCCAUUGUAAGCUUUAAUGCAUGAUUAAGGCUAUACAAUGCAGUUGCAUAUCAAGUAUGUAAUCAGACAACCGACCGGUUCAUAUUACUAUGCAAAUCAAUUUGGAGAGUAGUGUUCUAUUAAUAUAGGUUACAAUAUGACAAGCACGCUAUCGUUUGCAAGAGCGCUCACUGUUGAGGAAAAGUAAUCAAUUUGGGUUAAGCGCACUGGCCAAUCCUUUGCUGACCUCGCCAGUAUUUUAGGUGAAUUGUCCUGCAAUAUUUGCAUCUGCAUCAUCGACUUUAAACAGACAUUUAUUGGAUCUUUUUUCUUUUCUGUCAGUCAAUGUUAAUGCUUCGUUGUUCGUCCAUAGAAGAAUAUUAGUGCAGGUAGCAUCGGUCUCCUGCAUGUGCAUCAAUGCGCAGUUUCUGAAUACACGCACACACACACACAUACGCGAACCAUAUGUAUCCUUUGGCAAACAACGUAGUGCUUGUUCAAGAUGCGGACCUCAGUUAAAUAGUGGUUCCUCAUUGGUUCAAACCAAUUAUACAAUGCCUUUGGGAGAGGAUGAAAAUGGAUGGAAAAAGAAGACAACGGAUAUCAAGGAAAAUUAUGAUUUCAAGGAGGUCUUGGGGACAGGGGCGUUCUCUGAGGUGUUCCUGGCAGAGGAGAAGAAGACCCAGCGACUAGUGGCCAUUAAAUGCAUCCCUAAGAAAGCUUUGGAGGGAAAGGAGAACAGUAUUGAGAAUGAGAUUGCUGUGCUACAUAGAAUAAAACAUGAGAAUAUUGUUUCACUGGAAGACAUAUUUGAGAGUCAGACACAUUUGUACCUGGUCAUGCAGCUGGUAUCUGGGGGAGAGCUGUUUGAUCGGAUCGUUGAAAAGGGCUUCUACACAGAGAGAGAUGCCAGCAAGCUUAUUUGUCAAAUUUUAGAUGCAGUGAAAUAUCUACAUGAUAUGGGCAUUGUGCACCGAGACCUGAAGCCAGAGAAUCUGUUGUACUAUAGUAUGGAGGAGGACUCCAAUAUUAUGAUCAGUGACUUUGGCCUGUCUAAGAUCGAGGACUCAGGAAGUGUGAUGUCAACGGCCUGUGGAACGCCAGGAUAUGUGGCUCCUGAGGUCUUGGCUCAGAAACCAUACAGUAAAGCUGUGGACUGUUGGUCUAUUGGAGUGAUUUCUUAUAUUCUCUUAUGUGGCUAUCCUCCGUUUUACGACGAAAACGACACCAAGCUGUUUGAACAGAUUCUAAAAGCAGAGUAUGAGUUUGAUUCUCCAUACUGGGACGACAUCUCUGACUCAGCCAAAGAUUUCAUCAGCCACUUGAUGGAGAAAGACCCAUUUGUGAGAUACACAUGUGAGCAGGCUUUACAGCACCCCUGGAUUUCUGGAGAUACGGCUCUGGAUAGGAACAUUCAUGAGUCUGUGAGCGCUCAGAUCAAGAAGAACUUUGCCAAAAGUAAAUGGAAGCAAGCAUUCAAUGCGACAGCUGUGGUCAGACACAUGCGGAGACUACAGCUGAGCACCAGCCUAGAGGGGCCGAGCCAAAUUACCACCACCAGCCCCUACCACAGACACCUGCUCCUACCUGCCAAAGAGCUUGACCAGGAGGAGGAAGAGGAGGAAGAGCAAAGCAAUUCUCCCAGUGCAGACGGGCGCAGAGGCAGUGCAGAUCGGGAUAGUCUAAGAAGCUGUGCUUACUGCUGUCGACCAACAAGCAGGAUCUGAAGUAGAACUCUGAGCCGAGUGGAACCCAUAGAUGUAUUCCUACCACACCAGUCUGACCCGGAACACAGAGCUUUCCUGGUAGCAUGCGCUAGAUGGAGCUAGUGCUGAUGGUGGAAAGCUCAAAUUAGAAAAGAAAAGACAUCGGGUAUAUCAUUGACAGAUAAGUAACUCCUCCAGGGCCACGUACACGCUGCAAAGUUUUGGGAGUGACAGCCACAUUUAAUUGUGAUAGUGAAUCCCAUAAAGAGUCAAUCAUAAUUGUUGACAUAGUGAUAAACAUAGCAGUUUUGCCAUCUCACGGCUGUAAAUUAGGCCACGACCACACUCUAUCUGUUUAAGUUUGAAACCUCAUUUUCAGUUGCAAACCGUUUUUAACAUUUUUAGUUACCCCCUUUGUCUUGUUUGGCACUAGCUAUAUUUGAAAAAAUAAAUUUUUGUCUGGAGAGGUAUUAACAUUCCCAUCGGCAGAAGCACCAUUUUAUUUGUGUUGUUUAAAGACCUUAUGAAAUAGGGAUGUGCCCGAUGACGAAUACCUUAUUCGGAACCACUAUGACUUCAAAAUGAAUAAUUAAUUCAUCUGAAUAAUAGAAAAAAUUAUUCGGAAGACUGAUCAUCCAAAGAGUACAAGUAUAAAGCAAUAUUUUAAAUAAGCAUAUCCAAAAUUGCAAAGCAAUGAUGAGUAUGUGAAGCCAGUAUUACUAAAUUGUAAACCUUAUGAAUGAAAAUGCAUGUGGUGAUUUCAAGUUCAGAUCGGAUGGCCACGGCCUCGACUCCAUUUGCAGUCUCUGUUUAUUGUGCACGUCUCCAAAAUCUAAGCUUGUCAAGAGUAACAUUAACUAAGGUACUGUAACAUACACAUUUCCCACUAUUUGAAAUGUCUGUUUACACAUUAAUUAAUAUUAAUUAAUAUUUCACACAAUUCACACUUAAGGAUUCAUAAACCAACCUGAGUGCAAUGUUGAAUUCUUGACCAGAAAAGUGAUGAUUUUAUAGCAGAGCUUGUCUGUCCGUCUCUUAAAGCUGACCACAUUUAUAUCCACAUCAUCAGUUAAGGUAAUUAUCUGGUUAAGUCUUUAUUCCCAGAAAGUGUAAAUGCUCCACAGAGGUUUAAAUACUUCACAGAGUGUAAAUCUAUUCAGAAUAUUCCUUCACGAGGAGGAUUGCGUAGAAACAAAAACAUGCAUUUUUUUUUGUGGCUUUUCUCUUAAUGAAAUACAGGCUCACUCUUGCCAAUUAUUCCACUGCAUUUGGCUAAUUGGUGUUGGGGGCAUCAAUAUGUCCCGCUCAGACUUUCAAUAGGAAUUACAUAAACACAGAAAAGAAAAAUCACAGCAUUUACAAAUUGUUGUUCAGUUCGGUUCCGUACACACAAUGCAGACUUAUUGAAAAAAUGGUAGUCGCUACCAGAAUUUAUCGGGAGUGUAUUCGAUUGAAUGUGGUCUUCACUCCUAUAAAUAAUCAAAAUCUGUAGCAUUGAGAAGAAAAGUGAGUGACAACCGUGUUUAGCUGUAGAGUGUACAUGGUCUAUUUCAACCAUCAUUUAUUUUGUCUGAAUAAUAUUUCUGUACCCCAACCAAAGACAGUUAAAACUGUGUUUAUUUAAGUUGUAUAUUUAUUGAAAAAUUUUCAUAAUUUUUUUAUUUUUAUUAUUGAGUUAUUCACAUUCAGGUCUGUUACCCAUAGCAAGCUAGUGAAAUAAUGUCCUAUUAUUAAUGUCUGAAUAUGAAUAAGCGCCACUUGUACGAAGACUUGCUCAGGUAUUCAAGCAAAAUUUAUGACAAUGCAAGGUAAAGUCAUUUUAUCUUUUUAAGACUGAUUGAUGCUAUUUUCUGGCCUUAGUUAAUUGUUCUGUUAGUUUUCUUAGAUUGUUGUCUGUACACUCAAUUUUGUGCUCUGGUUCAGACUGGCUUUGUGAAGUGCAAAUUGGUGUGGCAGAGUAAAAAUAUGUUUUAUCAAUGCUCAAACAGAGAUCCUAUGAUCUUGUGUGAGUAUACCUUCAAAUGACAUGAACAUCUGGACAGAACAGGGGUUCACCGGGUUAAGAGAUUUGAGCCACAGUCCAGGUACAUUUUUACACCCAGAUUAAAUGCAAUCCUAAACCUGGAUAAUCUCCAUUUUUUAAUAAAGAUUUCCUUUCAGUUUAAUAUUAGACUUUGUGGGGAAAAAGCAACCCUACUGGAGUCUGGAAGAGACUGUAGCUCUGCUUCAAAAUCUAGCUGCCUACAUAAACAUCAUUUUAAUUAGUACCAAAAGGUAGGCAGCAACAUGAUGCUGCCUUUUAAGGGGCCGUUCACACCCAACAUGUAAAUUAAAAUCCGU